AUGCAGAACGAAUCUAUAAAUACUCGAUCUCCGCUGCUAUUAGCAGAUCGUCAUCCAAGAAAUUACAACCGGUGGUUACUUCUUUUGAUUCUUCUUCUUCUGAUUUCUUCUAUUACAUUGGGUAUUUUAUUCGGACUUGAGAAAUCAAAAACAACACCAACUCCAGUUUCAACAACAACGACAGCACCACCUCCUGCUGUCGAUCUCUGUUUAACACCUUAUUGCGUCAAAGCUGCGGAUUAUUUAUUGGAUUCAAUUGACGAAACUGUUAAUCCUUGUGAAGAUUUUUAUCAUUUUGCAUGCGGAUCAUGGUUGAAAACAGCUCGUAUUCCCGAAGAAUCUGGUGUUCAAAAUAUGUUCAAUCUAUUGGAUAUUGAAUUAGAUGGAAAUCUCAUUGAUCUUUUAACAUCAAACACUACCGAUACCACAGCAGCAGUUGCACAUGCCCGGACAUUGUAUGCUUCAUGCAUCAACGAGGCACAAAUUGAACAUGAAGGUGUUGCAGCCGUCAUGGAUAUCGUCAAUUACGAAUUUGGCGGAUGGCCAAUCCUUCAUGGCACUGCAUGGAAUGAAACAACAUUCAAUCUAACAGAUCUUUUACUUCAAUUACGUAAAUAUGAUGAUGCUAUCAUCUUUAGCGUUACAACAGCUACGAAUCAAGAAAAUUCAUCUGUUUAUGAUAUUGAACUCGCACAAGGUAGUCUCGGUUUACAAGAAACUGAAUAUUAUAACAAUGAAACAGCAAUUACCGAAGCUUAUCGUCAAUUCAUACGAGAUCUUGCUGCAGCAUUAUCAAACGACACAUCAGCAAUUACAAAUGAUGCUCGCGAUAUGUUUUUAUUCGAGAAAGAUAUCGCUCAAUACCAUUGGUCUGCUGGUGAACAAAUCCUACGUGACAAUGAAACUGUCCGAACAACUGUUGCUGAUCUUUCUAAAGCGCUUCCAUCAUCUUUUGAUUUCACUAAUUAUAUCACUGAAGCUUAUUUGAUUGGUAACGUUACAUUACUUCCAACAGAUCUCGUCACUGUUAGCGAAGUUGCUUAUUUACUCAACGUCUCAACAGUUCUUCAUAAAACACCACCACGUAUUCUUCAGAAUUAUCUUGUUUGGCGAUUUCUGAUGAACCGCGCCAUCCACAUGCCACAACACAUUCGAAGCACACGUCAACAAUUUGAUCGUGUGUUCAAAGGAACAAGUGCUGAACCAGCACGUUCAACUGUUUGUACUGAUUACGUUAACAACAACAUGGGUUUCGCCGUGUCUAGACUCUAUGUGAAAAAAUACUUUGACGAUGAUGCUCGUAAUCAAUCAAAAGACCUCAUCAAAAACAUUCGAGCUGCAAUGAUCACAAUGCUUGAAAACGCUACAUGGAUGGAUGCUGACUCCAAGGCAAAAGCUGUCGAUAAAGCUCAAGCUAUCUACGAAAAUAUCGGCUAUCCCGAUUAUGUUGCCAGUGAUAAUACCACCCAAUUAGAAAAGAUGUAUGCCGAAUAUGUGUUCAACUCAUCAUUCAUCGAUAACGUUCUUCAAAUGCAACGUGUGAAAGCUCAAGAAGAUUUUCGAACACUCCGAGAAACGGUCGAUCAUCGAGCAUGGGGUGAUCUUCCUCCUACGAUCGUCAACGCUUUCUAUGAACCAUCUACCAACGCUAUCUCUUUUCCAGCUGCCAUUCUACAAAUGCCCUAUUUUAACAAGCUUGCACCUAAAUAUCUUAAUUAUGGUGGUAUCGGUAUGGUUAUUGGUCAUGAAAUUACGCACGGUUUCGAUGACGAUGGUCGUCAAUACGAUAAAAAUGGCAAUCGACACCCAUGGUGGACGAAUACGACUAUUGAACAAUUCAAUCAACGUAAACAAUGCAUCAUUGAACAAUACAGCAAUUAUACUGUCGAACAAAUUCACAAAAACUUGAAUGGCGAUCAAACUCAAGGUGAAAACAUUGCUGACAAUGGUGGUAUUAAAAGUUCAUUUUAUGCGUAUCAAGCUUGGGCAAAGGAAAAUCCAAAUGUUGACAGACGAUUACCAGGUUUAAAUAAAUACUCACAAGAACAAAUGUUCUUCAUUGGUUAUGCUCAUGGUUGGUGCGCAAAAUUUACAGAUGCUUAUGCAUUGAAUCGAGUUCUAACUGAUGUUCAUUCCAUUCCACAAUUCCGUGUUCUCGGUCCGUUGUCGAAUUUCGUCGAGUUCGAUCGUGUGUUUAAUUGUACACCUGGUCAAGGAAAUAGUCGCGUGAAAAAGUGCGCCGUUUGGUAG